CCCGUACCGGCUGCAUAGUGCAUACCCAAUACCUUACGCUAGUCCUGUUGGGGUAAUAUUGCUUGCACGUGACAGCGCGUUUCUGGCCAUCCACCGCCCGCUUCGUCCUCGCAAGACGCCCCGCCCCCCGGCAAUCACGAUGGGAUGCCAGCAUGGCCGGUCCAGGAUCACAGCCGGACCGCCCAACCCCCGCAGCAGCAGGCAGGAAAAGACUCCGCGCUGAUCCUGAUUCCGAGACAGCCGCCAACACCAGCGCGUCCCCAACCCCCCCUCCCCCAGGCAAAAGGAAACGCCGCGUCACCUCUUCUCAAACCCCGGCAGAGACGCCGGGGCCAGAAGACAGCGGUAAUGGCGACCAGCCAGCCCAGAAGCCGAAGCGAGCGAAACGAACCCCCUCCUCACCAUGGCCGGAGGCGUUCAAGGCCCUGUCCCGGACCCACCGCGCCCUGAACCUGGUGUACACGUUCUGCUGCACGCGAAAGCACUUCGCCACGACCUUUGAUAACAUCAAGAAGGCGGUGCAGGCCCAGAUGCAGGGCCAGGAGCUGACGGUGGAGGAUGUCGCGCGGGUGAAGGUGCUCGUGCCGCGGGCCGUGCGUUUCGAGUACGUGGACGAGGCGAAGCUGGAGGUCAUGACUGUGGGGGAGAAGGAGGUGAGGGAGCUGGGGUAUGGGCGGGAUAUGGGGGGUGAGGGGAAAGAGUCGGGGGUGAAGACUCUGCUGUUUGAGCUGCUGGAUGGGGACCUGAAGAGGGAGGUGAAGCAUCCGCAGACUGGGGAGCCGACGAAGCCGGUGCGGAAGAUGAAGAACGAGGACCUCAAGAUGCCGGUGUACAGUCAGAAGCAGAUGCUGGGGCUGAUUGAGAAGCGGAACAAGAAGUUCACGGAUGCGAUUGAUGCCUUUCUAGUGCGCUGCGAAGACGAGGGGGUCGAUCCGGUUGAGAAACUGGAGACGGACAAAGAUGCCUGGGUUCCUGUGCCUCCGGAUGAGGAUACGAGUACUGUGUCAUCGACAGUGCCGCAGCAGAUCCCUAAGGAGCGCAAAUCCAUGUCGGAUAUUAUCAAGGAGAUCCGCCAGAUGGACUGGUAUACGGCACAGGUCGUCCCCGAAGGACACAGGGUGUUCGAGGCCCAGCCUCCUGUCUACGGGGAACUGGCGUUUCAGCUCUCGCAGGACCUGGUCAACGCCUUGUAUAACACCAAGGGGAUCACGCAGUUCUACACCCACCAAGCGGAAGCCAUCAACCACCUACACGACGGACACAAUGUCAUCGUGUCAACCUCCACCAGCUCCGGGAAGUCGUUGAUCUACCAGGUGCCGAUGCUGCACGAGCUCGAAAAGGACCCUGCCAGCCGCGGACUAUACAUCUUCCCCACGAAAGCCCUGGCCCAGGACCAGCGGCGCAGCAUGCAGGAGCUGCUCCAAUUCAUGGACGGCUUACAGGACACCAUGGUCGAGACCUUCGACGGCGACACCCCCAUGCCGAGCCGAAACCUCAUCCGGGACGAAGCGCGCAUCAUCUUCACCAACCCGGACAUGCUGCACAUCACCAUCCUGCCGCAGGAGGGCUCCUGGCGCACAUUUCUCCGGAACCUCAAAUACGUCGUCGUCGACGAGCUGCACGUCUACGACGGUCUCUUUGGCACCCAUGUCGCGUUCGUCAUGCGACGACUGCGCCGGAUCUGCGCCGCCGUCGGAAACAGCCACGUUCGGUUCAUCUCCUGCUCCGCCACCGUGGCCAACCCCGAGGACCACAUGAAAGCGAUCUUCGGCGUCGACGACGUCAAACUGGUCGACUUGGACGGCUCCCCCUCCGGCCGAAAAGAAUUCAUCUGCUGGAACACGCCCUACAAGGACCCCAACGACCCGACGUCCGGCCGCGCCGACAGCGUCGCGGAAACCGCGCGCCUCUUCUGCCAGCUCCUCCUCCGCGGCGCGCGCGUCAUCGCCUUCUGCCGCAUCCGCAAACUAUGCGAAGUCCUCCUGCAAGCCGUGCGGGCCGAGUUCCAGAGGCUCGAACGCCGCGAGAUCGGGAACCUCGUCAUGGGCUACCGCGGCGGAUACGGCCCGCAGGACCGGCGGGCCAUCGAGAAAGACAUGUUCGAGGGCCGUCUGAUGGGCAUCGUGGCGACCAACGCGCUCGAACUCGGCGUCGACAUCGGCUCCCUCGACGCCGUCAUCACCCUCGGCUUCCCCUACUCCAUCUCCAACCUCCGGCAGCAGAGCGGCCGCGCCGGCCGCCGCAACAAAGACUCGCUCUCCGUCCUCGUCGGCGCCCGCUACCCCACAGACCAGUACUACAUGCGCAACCCGGACGAACUCUUCACCAAACCCAACGCGGCCCUCCAGAUCGACCUCUCCAACGAACUCAUCCUCGAAGGCCACAUCCAAUGCGCCGCUUUCGAAUCCCCCAUCCACCCCGUCUCCGACACCUGCUACUUCGGCCCUCAACUCCCCUCCCUCCUCACCUCCCGCCUCACCCGCGACCCCCUGGGCCUCUACCACUGCCACCCACGCUUCCUCCCCCAGCCCUCCCGCGCCCUCUCCAUCCGAGACACCGAAGACCAGCACUUCGCCGUCAUCGACACCACCAACGCCCGCAACGUCGUCCUGGAGGAAGUCGAGGCCUCGCGCGCCUUCUUCACCAUCUACGAAGGCGGCAUCUUCCUCCACCAAGGCCAAACCUACCUCGUCACCGAACUCAACCCAGACCGUUUCUUCGCCCGCGUCACUCGCGUCCACGUCGACUGGAACACCAUGCAACGAGAUUACACCGACAUCGACCCCAUCGCCACCGAACUCAUCCGGCCCAUCACCUCCCCUCCCCUCCCCUCCUCCUCCUCCUCCUCCUCAACCAUACAACCAUCCAAAGCCUUCUUCGGCACCAUCCGCAUCCACAGCAUCGUAUACGGGUACUUCAAAAUCGACAAACGGUCACGAAUCCUCGACGCCGUCUCCCUAACCAACAACCCGCCAAUAACAACCUACACAAAAGGCAUGUGGCUGGACAUCCCCCCUCUGGCGCUGCAGAUCCUCUCGUCACGCAACCUCAACAUCGCAGCUGCCAUCCACGCCGCCGAACACGCCGUCCUCAGCCUCCUCCCUACCUUCGUCAUCUCGUCGCCGGGCGACGUCCGGACGGAAUGCAAGGUCGCGAAGAAGGAACUCGGCAAGGGGUUGCGGGUCGCGGUGGAGAUGCAGAGGAGUGGUGCGGAGAGGAGGGCGUUGGAGGAGAGGGUCAGACGGUUGAUGGUGCCGCCCACGCCGGGGAGACAACGGCCCGCGCGGUUGACGUUUUAUGAUGCGAGGGGUGGGGGGGGAGGCGGGGGGAUUGCGGCGAAGGCGUUUGAGUUUGUGGAUGGGCUGUUGAGGCGCGCGCUUGAGAGGGUCGAGGGGUGUACUUGUGCUGGGUCCCGUGGGUGUUUGGAGUGUGUUUGUGAUGAGCGGUGUAAGGAGAUGAAUGAGGUGAUGAGUAAGGCUGGGGCUGGGGUGGUGUUGAGGUGUUUGCUUGGAUGGGAGGUGGAUGUGGAGGCUUUGCCGUGGGGGGAGGAGGUGGAGAUUGGGGAGGGGACUGGGGGGAGGGAGCCGGGGAGUUGAGGGGUGGCUGGGAGACUGUCGUGCCUGCUGUUGAGGUGCCGAUGGGGGUGAAGGUGAAGGGG